AUGUAUAAUUUCCUGGGUUGUAAAUACUGUGAGACACAAACAAAGCCUCUGCUGGUUGACUCAGAUCCCCUAUUUGAGCCUUCUGGCAGUGGCCCCAAGAGCAAGGAGGCAGCAAGCAAGUUAGGGGAGAAAGGGCCACCUCCACACGGGGGAAGGACUUUGUCAGGACUGCUGACAUCUGGACCUCACUGCCUGAUUGCAUCUCUGGGCUCAGAGGCCUAUUUGGAAAGGUUCAGGAUGUCUCCGAACACAGAGGCACAGCCAGCUGAGACAGUUGAAGAAGAGAAGAGGUCCAGGGAGUGUGUAAUCCCUUUGAGUCAUGGCUCUUCAGCAGCUGCACAGAAAGCAUGGUCUUGGGAGCAGUACUUGAAAGAACGGAAGGCUAUAGCUGCACCGGUUGAACUGUUUUCCAAGGACCAGUCCUUUCCAGAGCAUGAAAAUGGUUUUCAGAUUGGAAUGAGAUUAGAAGGCAUUGACCCCCGACAUCCAUCUAUAUUUUGUGUGCUUUCUGUAGCGGAGGUGUGUGGUUAUCGACUAAGACUUCAUUUUGAUGGUUAUUUAAGCUGCUAUGAUUUUUGGACCAAUGCUGGGUCCCCUGACAUUCAUCCAGUAGGGUGGUGUGAAAAGACCAAGCAUGAAUUGCACAUACCUAAGGGUUAUAGAAAAGAUAAAUUUGUUUGGAUGAAUUACUUGAAGGCCUGCAAAUUGCAAAAUGCUCCCAAGAAAUUAUUCAGAAAUAGAAGUUCUAAUGGGCCAGUGCCAAAAGAAUUUCAGGUUGGAAUGAAGCUGGAGGCUGUCGACAGGAAGAACCCCUCCUUGGUGUGUGUGGCAACCAUAGCAGAUAUUGUUGAAGAUCGCUUACUAGUGCAUUUUGACAACUGGGAUGAUAGUUACGAUUACUGGUGUGACGUCAAUAGUCCUUAUGUCCAGCCAGUUGGCUGGUGUCAAGAGACUGGAAGAACUCUAAUAGCACCCCAAGGUUAUCCUGAUCCAGAAAACUUUUCCUGGACAGACUAUCUGGAAGCUACUCAAACUAAUGCAGUUCCUGCCAAAGUUUUUAAAAUGCGACUGCCUCAUGGUUUUCUGCCGAAUAUGAAACUUGAAGUCGUGGAUAAACGAAACCCCCGGUUAAUUCGUGUUGCUACAAUUACAGAUGUUGAUGACCAAAGAAUAAAGGUUCAUUUUGAUGGCUGGGACCACAAAUAUGACUACUGGAUAGAUGCAGACAGUCCUGACAUCCACCCCAUUGGGUGGUGUGACGUAACAGGACAUCCACUGGAAGUGCCAUAUCGAGCAAAUGAUGUGAAAAUCCUUCCAGGGCAAGCUGUUUGUCCUACUCCAGGGUGCAGAGGAAUAGGCCAUAUCCGUGGUCCUCGGUACUCAGGACACCACAGUGCUUUCGGCUGUCCAUAUUCAGACAUGAACUUAAAAAAGGAGGCGACGCUCCAUGAUCGUUUGAGAGAACAAACUCAGGCACACUUGGAAUCAGACUCUUCACAUUCAAGAUCAAAAAGCCUCUGUAGUUUAAACUUCAACGGAAAACAUGAAAAGAUGAACAAUCAGCCCAGACUUGUACAGGAGGCAAAGUGUUUGAGAAUCAAAGGAAAAGAAGAUAAAGAAGAUAUUGACUUGGAUAAUCUCUUCAGAGAAUUCUCCACGGAGCACACACAGCAGGCGCUGCACCAGUCGGUCUUCAUGUCAUCCCUGGCAGCCCACCCUUUCCGGGACCUUCCCCUCGGCAGGGAGCAGCACUGCAAGCUGCUACCAGGAGUGGCUGACAUCCAGGCAGGUGAAGUGGCCCGGUGGACGGUGGAUGAGGUGGCUGAGUUUGUACAGUCUCUUCUGGGCUGUGAAGAGCAUGCCAAGUGCUUCAAGAAAGAGCAGAUUGAUGGCAAAGCCUUCCUGCUUCUGACACAGACGGACAUCGUCAAGGUGAUGAAGAUCAAGCUGGGCCCAGCCCUGAAGAUCUACAAUUCCAUCCUCAUGUUCCGAUAUUCCCAGGACCUCACUGAAGAAGACACCAGCUCAGGCCAGGGGCUCAGGGGGUAGGCACCACCGAGUUGCUGCUGCACCACGACCCUGUUCCUUCAGCAAUAAAACUGGCCCAUGUCAGUUUGAUUUCAGUGUCCCCAUGGUCAUGUCCCUAUUCAACCUGGGCCUUCUGAAGUGUCUGUGGUUUAUGUGUCUACAGUCUGGAGGGC